CUCAACAAUACCAUGAUGACUGCAGUGAUAUUUGUGGUGCUGAUACUGGUUGUCUCUUCCCUCCUGGCAGCCACGCAUCUCCAGCCUCCCUACGAGAGUCAUGAUGCAGUAACACUGAGUGGUGGUGUGGAAGCUGUGUUGGCAACGCUGUCGCAGCCUCGCUGUUCCGUCAUGUUCUUCACCGACGGCGCCUCGACCCUCAGCACUGUAACUAAGGCGAGUCUCAGCCUCGCUCUUUCGUCAUGUUCUUCACGAACAGCGUGUUCCAUAAUAUCAUUAACUGCUAUAUCAGACUAUUUGGGUAAAAGAAUAACCCCAACUCGUUCCCAAUAUCACUAGGCUGUGCUUAGUAAGUUGCUAAAUUCCCUGAGUUGUGAACUACUCUGCUAACUCACAUACCCUA